AUGACUGGCUACAACGACAAGUGCAAGUGCAGCUGCAACAGCAGUAGCAACUCAGAAUGCAGCUGCUGCGAGGAUGCGUGCUGCAAAGAGUGUCCAUGCGUGGAGACAGAUGUUACAAAGAUUGAGACAUCCUUGACCAACAAGAUACCAUCGAAUGAAAUCAAGUUGACGAAGCUUGAUACUGGGUUUCUGUUGCAGGUCAAGCACAGUCUGUCAUCCAAAAGCACCAACAGCUGGUACGAGAGCAACUUCAGCUACCAGAAGGAGGAGCAUUUUGGUAGAACGGUUGAUGAAGUCACAGGUGGAUUCAAUGAGGAAGGGAAAUACGAAGUGAGGGUUUGUUUCAAGGCAUUGGAAGAGGAUAAGGCAGAUAAGGAAGAGGA